AUGGAUCUCAGCGAGCGAGAUGAAAGUGACAGUAGUAGCAGUCAUCAUAGCCGUUCUGCGAAUCGUGUCACAAACGAUGGACGACAAGAGGAGCGAUCAGGUCCUAGUGAGAAUAGAUUUGAUCGAAUGGAAAGAAUCUUAGAAGGCAUGCUGACACAUGUAACGAGGAACGAGCCAUCGAGGCAUACAACUCAUGUGUUGGAUCAGUAUCGCCGACAGAGACCCCCAGUGUUCAGGGGAAAAGCAGAAGACGACCCCUGCAUGGCGGAAUACUGGAUGGAGCAAACCGAGAAGCUGCUCCAACAUUUGCAGUGCAGUGACGAAGAUAAGGUCAACUGUGCUACAUUCAUGCUUGAGGAAGACGCUGCACGAUGGUGGCAAUCAGCCCAGCGAGCUUUGCAAAGGACACCUAGGCAAGUGGAACAAGAUCCAAGGCCAAGGCAAGCUCAACCUAAAGCCCAGAAAUUUGUGGGUGGAUUGAAAGUAGGACUGCAGCAAGCUCUUAGCUCGUGGACUUUGGACACCUACAAUGAGGCAUUGCAUAGAGCCUUAUCCACUGAGACUAAUCUACUACGAGUUAGUUUGAUUCGAUCGGAUGAGAAGAAGAAAGAUCCGAAAGGUGGGGAGCAUAAAUCAGAUGGAAGGAACUCCAAAAGCAAUGAGCCAUGUUCUCGAUGUGGCAAGGUACACUCCGGGAAACAAUGUUUCCAAGGACAUAUUCGAUGUUUUUCGUGUGGUGAAGAGGGACACAAGCAAAAUGAUUGUCCUAAGAAUAAAGAGGCACCACCAACCGGGAAUCGAAUGAGGAUUACAUGUUUUUCGUGUCAACAACCUGGUCACUACUCGAGCGAAUGUCCAAAGAGGCAGAAGGUGGAACAAAUGGGAAAAGCAAACGAGGCUCAAAAACCUCGCCCUGGACGAGUUUUCUACCUGUCAAAGGAUGACGACGAUAUCUACUGGACAAAAGAGAAAGGUACGUCGAGUUAA